GCAACCCCGAGGUCUGCGAACAACACCAUGAACAUCCCAUCCUAUGUCUCUGAUGCAGACAUGGAAGCCGACGCGCAGGAGCUCGAAUUCCCUGCUCCGCCCGCCGCCGUGCAUCACCACAGCAGGAUUGACUCCAACCCGCCCAUCCUUCCCGAGAUCCUCGUGCAGAAUCGCGCGUUCUCUCCCGUCUCGGUCGACUUUUCGCUCCCUGUCAGCGCGCACGGCUCCCCGUCGCCGUUCCGCACCGAGUUUGGCGACGUCCGCACGCCGCCGCCUGUAGCGGUGCUCAACAGGGCCAGCCCCCUCGCCACCUCGGCCCCUGUGCAGGCUGAACCGGCGGAGGCUCCGCGCCGCGAGCCCAAAGCUGAGGGACAAGCGCAAGGGCACGCGCAGAAGAGGCCAGACACGGUCUACACCAUCUACGAUGAAGAAGACGCGUACGGAGGGAUCUAAGCGUGCUCGCCGGCCCCCACGUGUGCUAACAUCCACGCGCCGUCCCGGUCGACGAUGCGACGAAUUUGACUGUAUUGAAAUCUCGUGUCUGCAUCGCAGUCUCCUCCAACCGUACAAAUUCUGUGUAUCCUGUGUUCCCCUCUGUGUUCGCGUUGUCCACUGCCCCUAACUAUUUACUCCCCUCUUCUCCCCUACCUCUUCUAUCAUAAACAUGUGGGUCGUCUGUUUUCCCUUUGUCUGGUUAAUCGGCGCCGGUGCCAAACCUUCUGUUCUUUUCUGUCCGUUGAUGGUGGGCGUUGGCGCACGCGGUGGCGUCCAGAGCUGGAUUCUGCGGGAUGUCCUGCUCUCCGUCCCUUGUCCUCUUACCUACCCUCCUCCGUGUCCAGUGCCCGAUGCGGCGCGAUUGUUCUUUCCUAGGAAUGUGGACUCGGUCUUCUCAGGCCUGGUUCCGGUCCUAUUUUACUUCCACCACCUGCGUGCUAACGAGCCACAAGUCGUUGAUACCCUCCGUUGUUGUGUCACUGUACCUGAGCUCGGGGCCCUUGGCAUUUUUAAUCCAGCUGCUCAUCGUGGCUGAUUGGUAUUAUCGAAGUAUUAUUGAUCGC